GCUGGACGCUCGUCUUCACCCAAGUUUGAAACAGCAGAGUUCCAUGUAUUUUUUAAAUUCGUCAUAUGAUCUAUGCAGGAUCGUAGCUCUUAGCUUUUUUUUGUUCGUGACUUUUAGCCCAAACAUGUCUAAUAAAAUGCCGAAGACCUUUGAUAUUCCUUCUCCCUCUCGUCCUUCUCCUCUUUGCCACCUCCCCGCCCCCAAGCCCAUUUCUCUUGAUAUGCAAUAUGAAUUGUCCCAUAUGACGCCUUAAGGAGACAUCCAUUUUCUAAGUGUGAACACUGGCUGGGUUUGUGUCUCACUUGCCCUCUCUCUCCUCCCCACUGCUUAUUCUCCAGGUUGUAGGUGGGAUGCUCAGCAGCUCGUCUGAGUCUGUGCUUUGCGCUGUGCCCAGAGACAGUUUCCUGACUGAGGCGCCUCCUGCAUUAGCUCGCUUCAACAAAAGACAGAAAAAACUAAUGGAAUCUCUGAAGUGAUUUGUUCUUCGCGCUGGCUUUGCAAACAGAAGGUGGAAGUCUCUUUCUGACAGCAGCAUCUUCAGUAAGGGGUUGGGGAAAGCAGAUUAAAAGCACUGCAACCACUCUCCUGCCGUAUGCAAACAGGUGUUUCUAUCCUAUGGCUGCGCAUUGAGCUUCAUUUCCGAAUAUCUGGCUACCCAAACACCAUGUGCGCGGCCAUGUAGUUAGCGGGAUGAUGCAAAGCCGUUUACAGAUUCUGGGUUUGUGCGUAUUUAUUGUGAUGCCGAAAAAAUGAUGCAGUUGGAGGAAGAUGGAACGUGUCGUGGUGAAAGUCUUUGUACAGCUUCACGGUGGAACCCGUGGUUUGUUAAGUUUUACUUUUUCUCGGAGAUACAACGGACAGUUCUUGAAUAACGCUUAAAUUCAUGCAAAAUGAUUCAUUUGGACAUCAUCUAACUGGCUUUUACCGCACUGCUGGGACUAUUAUCUGCUUUUCAUAGUGCAAUCUGCAAGUUCUGUGUUGUUUAACGAAUCGUUGUAGUUGCCUCAGAUUGGUGCCACUGCGUCUGGACGUUUCCCGUCAGAAUCCAGUUUUCUGGAUUCAAACGGGUGAUUAUUUUCACGCUUCUCUGGAAGUUUUUUUUCCAGAGCGCUGCCAAACUGGCUAUGGCGGCAGCGAUUGCCAGCUCCCUCAUAAGGCAGAAAAGGCAGGCGAGGGAGCGGGAGAAGGCAAAUGCCUGCCGCUGCGUUAGCAGCCCCAGUAAAACCAAAGGAAACUGUGAAAAACCCAGUCGACUGAACGUUUUCUCCCGGGUCAAACUCUUUGGCUCCAAGAAGAGGCGAAGGAGGAGACCAGAGCCCCAGCUGAAGGGGAUCGUGACAAAGCUGUACAGUCGACAAGGUUUCCACCUGCAGCUGCAGGCAGAUGGAACCAUUGAUGGAACAAAGGAGGAGGACAAUGGUUUCACCAUGUUCAACCUUAUUCCAGUGGGGCUGCGAGUGGUGGCCAUCCAGGGGGUGCAGACCAAACUGUAUCUGGCUAUGAACAGUGAAGGCUACCUGUACACAUCAGAACACUUUACACCGGAGUGCAAAUUCAAGGAGUCAGUGUUCGAGAAUUAUUAUGUGACAUACUCCUCCAUGAUAUACCGACAGCAGCAGUCGGGCAGAGGCUGGUACCUCGGUCUGAACAAGGAAGGAGAAAUCAUGAAGGGGAACCAUGUCAAGAAGAACAAGACAGCAGCUCACUUCCUUCCCAAACCCCUGAAAGUGGCAAUGUACAGAGAACCGUCCCUCCAUGAUUUGACAGAGUUCUCCCGCUCUGGCAGCGGUACUCCCACCAAAAGUCGGAGUGCCUCGGCUGUGCUCAAUGGAGGCAAAGUGGUGAGCCAGCAUGAGUCGACGUAGCCCGGUAGCCAAAACCCUGGCCCUGGGGCUAAACCACAAGACCUUACCUCCAGCCGAGCGUGAAUCCAAGACUAGCUACGACAACAAACCACACACAAACACCCAGACACCAUCAAUAAAAACAGUUAGGCGCCAUCCUGGUCAAUCAUUGUUUCUGUCUCCAAAAAAAAAAAAUCACAAUUAAGAAACUUAAUGAUACAAACCAUUAAACAUAUUUAACAUUUUUCUUUAGCCUUGAGACUUAUUUAUUACCUUAGCUCAUCUUUAUCUCAUUUUAUUUUUCUUAGGUCACACCAAGUACUCGUGCAUAAACAGUAUCAGACGGGCAGGAAUUUGGACGUGUAGGUGUUCAGGGCAACCAGUAAUGGUGCUGGUCUACAAGGCUGCAGUGGUAGACAAGCCCUGGUCUCUGUCUCAUCCAUGCUUCUGUCAAUACAAAGCCUAGAAACUCCCCGCCGUGGCACUGCCUAGUGCUGCUGGGUCUGUGGCCAGCCAGAUGGUAGCUUUCCUGCAUCCUAGUGCACACGCUCAGAGACUGAGCUCUCUAGCAUGGGAAAAUGAAGCCUGUGUUUAGCUGACCUGAAAUAUAAGGGACAGCAUGGCUCUCUUGCAGUUGUUUUUCUUUUCAGCAAUGCCACAGCUGCAGUUUUUUUUUCUUGCUAAUUUUCUGAAUUAGCUGAGAGCUUUUUUUAUUUGAUGACUGGUUUUGUUUCUGUGCCCUAUUGUUCUCUUCCCUCACCAUUGUUCAGAAUUUGUAUUUUGGUUUGUUUCAUCAUUGAAAAGUGUUCCAGCAAACCAAAGACAGAAUGAAGGAACUUUAAGCCGCUGAAAACCAAGUCAGUACAUAGGCAAAGCUGGAUUUUUUUUUUCCAUUGUACAUUUUUUUUUCUGAAAGAAAGGAGAGGUUUUGUGGGAAUAAGGAGAUUCAAUGGACAAAGCAAGUGAUUUUGAACACUUUGGAACCGUGGCAGUGGGCUUGAUGUUGUGCUUUUCGCCGAUAUGCUCGAUGACAAAAGGUAUGAAAUGAUUACUCAGUGUCCCCAUUCCCUUCUGUUGCCAGUGUUUACAAUGUCUCCAUCCCUUGUCCUUGUGGCCCGUUUCUUUCCUCUGUGUUUGUGUCAUACUUCAAACCCUUGCCACCCUUUUUUGUCGAUGUCUAUUGACUGAAACAGGUCACCAUAUGAACAUGGUGCAAGCCCCUUCCCAGGAUGUUUGUCAUGUGUUUGAGUAACUUAUUGUGGUGAUGAUAUUUUCUAUUUAAAAAAAAAGGAAUACUGUGGACUUUUAGGUGGCUUAGUAUUUUAUAGGAGAUGUCAUAUUUGUAAAAGUGAAAAAUGAACAUCUUCCCUUUCUUGCACAGGGCAUGUACAAACACAGUUGUGGACAAAAAGGGACCCUUUUUGUGGGCUAUGUACUCCUCCCUUCAGCUACAUAACUUCUUUGUGGUACAUGCUUUUGAGAGGCUUUCUUUUCUUGGUUUCCUCCAGAGGUGGCUUGUAUUAAGUGAACCUGUCUGUUGCAUGGGAGAAAGCAGGACUAUUCUGGUCUAGAGCUGCAUGAUGUAGGCUAUGUGUAUUAACCCAUGUUGGAUCAUGUGUUCUAAACUACCAGGCUAAAUCUGAUUAAACAAGAUACGGGCAGGCAUUGUGGCUUGUCUGAUAACUUCCAGUUGUUUAUUAUUUGUUGUAUACACAAAAAUGCACUGAAUAAAGUGUUUAUAUUAAGAUAUGCUUUUAAAAUGU